AUGUCCGAGGCCGAAGCUCUGGCCGGCCUGAGGGUGGCCUGCAAUAUCUUCCAAGUCAUCAGCUUUUCGAAGGAAGUCAUCGAGCUCUUCCAUGCCUUCUAUGAGAAUCGCAACCCUGACCCCAGCAUAACUGUGACCACAUCCGAUUUGACCAAGGCAAUCGAUGAUCUGUGUCCUAGAAACUCGCUUGCUUCAACGCAUCUGCACUCAAAACGACGCACUGCAACUUACCAGGACAAAGCCUUUGCCAAUCUCGACAACACCCUCCAGCAAUGUAUCAGGGCUCUGGCAUUUGGUGGCACGCGCUUGACCGAGAUCUUCCGCAAACAGUCGGAGCAGACUGCCGAAGCAGUCGAGAAGUUGGCUUCUCACAUCACGAUAGAGGCGAAAAAGACGCGCGAUGAGAUCUUGUGUGAAAGCCAAAGGCAUCGAGAGGAACUCGUGUCCAGGACUAAGGAGACCCAUGACAAGAUCUCAAAGCUAGCAACUGACACCAGAGCACUGGCUGAGCUUAUCCGAGAACAACCUGAUCUAUUCAAGGAGCACUUCACACAGCAAGCAAAUGAAGUCUUUCAUGAAUUGGCCUACCAUGUCACCACAGAGGCUCAAGUCACACGCCAAAGAAUCGAUGAGACUUCUGCAUAUAAGCAGCUACUCGAGAGCCUCUGGUAUCCAGCGAUGGAUGAGCGUAUAACCAGAUUGUCUAUUCACAUAGUAACACAUUUCAGUGGAUAUUUGGCCAAGACCAGCUCUCAGACGAAGAUGAUGAGGAUGACAUCACAAGGAGAUGGGAUCGUCUGA